UUCUGCCCCGAAAAAGGGAGGGGAAAAGAAAAAUAAAAAAAAAUCCCUCUCUUCCGCCAUUGGCAUUGCUGAGCUGCCGAGCGGAAGCUUGCGGUCCUCUUCCUUCUCUGCAACGGUGGAUCCUACCAUCAUCUUAACUGAAGUGCUCAAACCAUUGGGAGGUCAAUGUUGUGUGCAGUAUCUGCUCCGAACCCAAGCAAAUUAUGGCUAAGAGGCCCUCAUUCCCAUCAAGCUCUUCGAAAGCCAACAGUUCCGAUAAGGCUUCGUGUAUCAGCUUCUUCAUUGGAUAAUAGCACCAGCACUGAAGUGAAAGUGGAGUACACUCCCUGGCUUAUUGUUGGACUGGGGAACCCCGGAAACAAAUACUAUGGAACCAGGCAUAAUAUUGGUUUUGAAAUGAUCGAUCAUAUAUCUCGAGCUGAGGGCAUCUCAAUGAACAUAAUCCAGUCGAAAGCCUUAGUUGGAAUUGGUUCCAUGGGGGAAGUGCCAGUGCUGUUGGUAAAGCCUCAGACUUACAUGAACUUCAGUGGCGAAUCGGUUGGGCCUCUCGCUGCAUACUAUCAAGUUCCGCUGCGUCACAUUCUAUUGGUUUAUGACGAGAUGAGUUUGCCCAAUGGUGUAUUGAGGGUUCAACAGAAAGGGGGGCAUGGUCAUCACAACGGAGUGAAGAGUGUUGUUGCCCACUUGGACGGUCGGCGCGAAUUUCCUCGGUUGUCUAUAGGGAUUGGAAAUCCUCCGGGAGCUAUGGACAUGAAAGCUUUUCUUUUGCAGAAGUUCAGUUCAGUGGAGCGCGAACAGAUUGAUAAAGCACUCACACAAGGAGUCGAGGCCGCUCGGACGUUGGUCCUUCAUGGGUUUGAUCAAAAUAUCGACAGAUUUAAUCUAGGCCAGAAGUACAAAUAUCACAAAGUUUAGUCUCCAUAUCAAACAAGAUGUACUUUUUUUGAUGUAUAUAGAUGCUAGACUAGUCGAACAUUUUGUACGUUUUACAUUAAUUUCUUAAUGAUGUCCCUCCUAGUUCAGCUGCUUCGGCAA